UUACAAUCGCUUCCCUACUCCACCGCACUUCUCUCUACUCCACUCUACUAUCGCUCCCGCUCUCCGUGUGUGCUUGAAUACCCUCUUUCCUACGAUCGAUCCCCUUCCUUCCUCUUCCUUCGUGGAUCGCCAUCGCCAGUCCAUCUCCCAACCGGACCGAUCGCUCCCGUCGGAAGCAGCCACAGCCUAAUCAAGCAUCAGCGGAGAUCGAGAUCAGGAAGAAGGGUUGCAUAUUUUCCCAUCCGUCCAUCCACUCCUUCUCUGACGUCCUUCUCUUCCUUUCUCUUCCUUGUCGGGCCCACAAGAAACUCAGAGAGGAAAGCAAGACAGGAUCACGAGGCCGAUCGUUACGUUCUUAGUGGCCAAAAAUGGAUCCCAACUAUAACUACCAGGCUCACCUGCCUGCAAACCAGCUGUUGAUCCAGCAACAGCAGCAACAGCAACAGCAGCAACAGCAGCAACAGCAACCGAUACAACUGCAACAAGGGUAUGGGCACCACCUCCCCAUGCACUCGCAGGUCGUCUCUCCUCAACUCCAUCAUAUGCAUGCCGGCCAUCACCACCCACAGCAACAGCAGCAGUCUCCACAGCAGCAGCAGAUUCAUCAUGCACAGCAUCUCUCCCAUCAACUAUCCCCUCAGAUCGAUCUGCAGUCAAGUAACCUCACGCCUCAGCAACAACAAUACCUUCUGCAACAGCAGCAAUACCAGUAUCAACAGCAGCAACAACUGUAUCUGCAACAGCAGCAACAGCAACAGCAGCCUCAACAGCAGCAACACUUUGGAUAUGCCUCCCCAGUUCAGUACGCCAGUCCCACAGUUGCCUAUAGUCAGGCUAUGCAGUACGAGUCUGCAACACCGUACGCCAUGGACCAGUCACAUCUGACUUCUCCAUUAACCUCACCACCAAUGUCUUCAGCUCAGCUUCAGCAAGCCCAAGCCCAAGCCCUGGCAUUGGCGCAAGCCCAGCAGGCUCAGGAACUGGCAAGACAACAACAGCAGCAGGAGCUGGCGCGUCAGCAAGCCCAUGCAAGAGCUCAGGCGCAAGCGCAGGCACAGGCGCAGGCACAAGCACAAGUCCAUGCUCAAACUCAGGCCCAGACCCAAGCCCACAUCCUGGCUCGUAGUCAACCUAUGCAACCUCAGCAAACAUUGCAGCAACAACAACAGCAGCAGCAGAUUCAGCACCAGCAGCGUCAUCCACAUAUCCAGCAGUUGCAGCAUCAGCAGCAUCAGCCGCCAUAUCAGCAUCAGGUCCAGCCUGCUCUUCAACAAAACACCUACAGUCAGUUGCCAGCGCAUCUCAACCACCAGUUCUCUAUUAAUGGACCUACUGCUAUCGCGGCGGCGCCUGCGAUCGCACCAGCAGCAGUUCCUGUACAGAUGCCCGUUGCUGCAAAGCCGACCAAACAGUCCGCAGGGCGUGGUCGGGGAGGAGCCAAGGCAGCCGCUGGAGCGACGAGAAAGCAGGCAUCGAGACAGGCAGCGCUGCAGAAUAAGGCCAUCCAACCCUCAUUCGGAAGCGACGAUAAUUCCGAUUCAGAGUCUGGAUCAUUGGGCUCUGGUGACGAUGGAUCUAGCGCUCGGUCGGAAUCUGAAUCGGAGGAAUCCGAUCUGGAGUUUAAGGGUAAGACUCCGCCACCGACCAAGAAAGCCGCUGGCAGGAAAAAGAAGGUUGCCAAGGCUGGAGGCAGUGCUAGUCAUUGGGCUGUUCCUUAUGACCCAGUCCUGGUUCCCAUGGCAAGUAAGACCUUGGAAAAGAUCCUAGCUUGGAGGAUGAACGAUGGCAAGGAGGAACUUUUAAUCAAGCAUAAGUUCUCCAGCUACCUUCAUGUCGAAUGGGUUCCCAGGAAAAGAAUCGAGGAAGGAGAACACCUUGGAAAGAACCGUGUGAAAAAGUUUAUGGAAAAGUACGGGCAACACUCCGAUUACGAGUUUUUCAACCCAGCAUUUGUCAAGGUUGACCGCAUUAUUGACGAAGGAGAGUUGGCAACGCCCAAUGGCGAGAUCCAGAUCUUUUUCUUGGUCAAAUGGUGCAAUACCCCAUACGACGGCUCAACAUGGGAAUUGCGCGAUGAGAUUUUGAAAAUCGACGCCACCAAAGUGCAUGAAUUUUAUGCGCGCAAGAUCAUUCCCAACCCUGAUGAGGCCCGCCAACUACCUCGUCCUCCCCGUGGUGCGUUCCGCAAGUUAAAGGAGUCUCCCAAGUUCAAGCAUGGCAACCAACUUCGACAGUACCAGAUGGAGGGCUUGAACUGGCUGCUGGACUGCUGGUUCAACGAGCAGGCUUGUAUCAUGGCUGACGAAAUGGGUCUUGGAAAGACGGUCCAGUCAGUUACAUUCUUGAACGAAAUCCACACGACAUAUCGUAUCAGAGGUCCAUUCUUGGUCAUUGCACCCCUGUCAACGAUCCCGCACUGGCACCGAGAGUUCGAGGCAUGGACAGAUAUGAAUGUCAUUGUGUUCCACGGCAACGCGCCUUCAAGAAACCUGAUUGUCGACACGGAAUUUUAUUACAAGGAUGCCCAGGGUCUAAUUGUCCCAGGCCUCUACAAGUUCGACGUUUUGAUCACAACCUACGAAAUGAUUGUGGCUGCAUCUGCUCAGCUCAAACCGAUUGCAUGGAGAGCCAUUGUUGUCGAUGAAGCGCACAGACUGAAGAAUUCUGCGUCAAAAGUAUCAGAAAUUCUUAAGACGUAUAAUUUGGAACAUCGCGUUCUAUUGACUGGAACCCCGCUGCAGAAUUCACUGGACGAGCUCUAUGCUCUACUUAACUUUUUGGAGCCGACCCGUUUUGCGAACGAGAAGGCAUUCUUAGCAGAGUAUGGAAAUUUGAAGACUGCUGCUGAGGUCGACAAAUUGCAGCAGCUCUUAAAGCCUCUGAUGUUGCGCCGUUUCAAGGAGGAUGUCGAAAAGUCGAUUCCCGUUAAAGAGGAGACUAUUAUCGAGGUCGAGUUGACGACAACCCAAAAGGCCUUCUACCGCGCGAUUUUGGAGAAGAACUUUGGCUUUUUGAAGAAGGGCGGUUCUGCAGGACCCAGCUUGAUCAACGUGAUGAUGGAGUUGCGCAAGUGCUGUAUCCACCCGUACCUGAUUUCAGGAGCAGAAGAUCGAAUCGUUGCUGAGAGAAACGCUAUUACUCCGGAGGCUCAAUAUCAAUGCUUGAUUGAGGCGUCAGGAAAAUUGGUCUUGAUCGACAAAUUAUUGAAGAAGCUUAAGGAGGGUGGGCAUAAGGUUCUUAUUUUCUCGCAGAUGACACGGUGUCUGGACCUUUUGCAGGACUAUCUCCGUGGACGCGCGUACCCCUACGAACGCAUUGAUGGAUCCAUUCGUGGAGAUAUGCGUCAGGCUGCUAUUGAUCGUUUCUCAACUACGCCAGACUCGUUCGUCUUCUUGCUGUGUACCCGUGCAGGAGGAGUUGGCAUCAACCUAACAGCGGCCGACACUGUGGUUAUCUUUGACAGCGACUGGAACCCUCAGAACGAUCUCCAGGCGACAGCACGCUGCCAUCGUAUCGGACAAACCAAACCUGUGCAGAUCUACCGCUUGGUGACCCGGAACACGUACGAGAAGGAGAUGUUUGACCGCGCAAGCAUCAAGCUUGGUCUGGACAAGGCCGUCUUGCAAAAAAUGGACGUCAUGCCCAAUACGGAUGAUCUCUCGGAUAUGCCCAAGCCGCCAUCGUCCUUGAGCAAGAAAGAGGUCGAGGAGCUGCUGAAGAAGGGAGCGUACGGUGCGCUGUUGGAUGAUGACGAGACCAGCGCCAAGUUCUGUGAGGAAGACAUCGAUCAGAUCUUGGAACGUCGCACAACAGUCAUCAAGCAUACUGGAAACGAGAAAGGGUCCGUGUUCUCAAAGGCGACCUUCUCGUCGACACCCGUUGGCGAGGAGUUCGAUGUAAAUGACCCUCAGUUCUGGGACAAGUGGGCCGAGCGCGCCAAUGUCGAUAUCCAGGAUAUCACGACCAAGGACCAGCUCAUUAUCAACGCGCCUCGCAGCCGUAGACAGGUGCAGCGAUUUGGCAAAGAGCAGGAUGGAUCUGACUCGGAAGAUAAGGACUAUGUCUCUGAUCCAGAUUUCGAGGACUCACACGCAGACAAGGAUGCGAAGGAGUCCGGGCCCAAGAAACGCGAGGCGCCCCGCCCUUGGAGCAUGGCCGAGAAGCUGAUGUUUGAGCGCAAGCUAAUGAUUUACGGGUAUGGCCGCUGGGAUCAGAUGCGCGUCUUCUUCCCAAGACGAACCGAGAAGGACCUCAAUGCUGUUGCUCACUGUAUGGUCCGUCGGGUCAUGAAGGACAUGAGCACGGGCUCAGACGAUGACCAAAAGCUGAUCAACGACCUUGAAACAGUCCUGGCAGAGUGUGAUACGGCAAGCGGAUAUGAAGCGCCUGCUGCGGGCGAUAUCCCGUUCGAGAAGGCAAGCAAGAAGUCGACCAUCGAGUUCAGGUCAUUCCUUUUGAAUGCCACCCAAGAUUAUGUGGACCAUAUCCGCAAGAAGGGCCGCAAUUUGGUUCUCAGAGUGCAGCUGAUUCACACGAUCCGAAACCUGAUUCCCAAGGACUGGGACGUGGCCAAGCAGAUGAUCAUCCCGCACGUGUCUGGUGUGCCACCUGCCUCUUGGUGGGGUGAGGAUGAGGACCGCGAUCUGAUGUUAGCGAUCAUCAAGUAUGGGUAUCUCGUGACGGAACCUCAGUAUGAAGCUGUGCGCAAUGACCCCGAGUUUUGCUUCUAUGGUCGCAAGUAUGAUUUCCGUGCGAGCGCUGAUGGUAACGAUGACGAUGACGGUGAGGGAUCUAGUAGUCGUCGAUCUCGCCAAGCAAGCUAUGGACUCGAACAGGGUGAUGAUGAGGCCCUUCCAUGGCCCUCAAAGUCGGACAUUGGUCUCCGUUUGCGCCGCAUCAUUUCAGCUUUGCAACGCCAGAACCAGAUCGAACUUCGCAAAAACACUUUGGCGGAAAAGGACAAGACUAAGGAGCGGAUGCGCCUUGAUCGACAGCGUCAGCGCGAGGAGGCUGCACAGGAAAAGAAGCUGCAGAAGGAGAUUGAGCUUGCUUCGCGAUGGACCAAGAAGGACAAGAGUGAUUUUUACAAAACAAUCACCUCUUUCGGUGUUGUGCGACUGAGGAAUGGAGCGAGCCAAAGCCGAUCGCGCUCCUCUUCUUCAAUGGGCUAUCACCCAGGUCAUUCUUCUGGCUCUCACAGCAGACGUCACUCGCGCCAUAACCCCGGACAUGCAGCCGUUGUUAUGGAACAUGACUGGACCCGCUUCAAGGAACUAUCGGGACUGACAAAGAAGCCAGACGAAGUGAUGGAGGAGUAUUAUCACCAUGUCAUGAAAGUCUGCCAACAAGUAAUCGACAAGAACAAUGCCCUGCCAAGUCGCCACUCGCGUGAGUCAAGCCUGGCGUCGAACCACAAGCACGAGGGCGAAGAGAUCAUGAAGGACGAAGAGAAGGAAGAGGAAGACAGAGACGACGCUGGAGGAGAUGUUCCACCCCUGGACAGAGCUAGGCGUGUCUUGAAGAGGGUCGAAGUCAUGAACAUUCUCCGCGAUGAGGUUUUGGCCAAUCCAAUGCUUGAUGAGCUGCUGGCAGCCUCUCGUCGAUCGCCUGGUUUGCCCAGUUGGUGGAAGGUUGGAAUCCAUGAUCGACCGUUCCUAGAGGGUCUAGCUAAGCAUGGUAUCCAUCGACAGGAUUUGAUUGUGGAGGACGAAGAUUUGCCCUUUGCUGAGAUCUGUAAGCACUAUGCAGCUCUUCAGCAGGAGCGCAUGGAAAGACAGGCAGCCGAAACUGCCGCAGCAGCAGAAUGUGGCGAUAUGGAUGUCGACCACGGCGUCAUCAAGCAGGAGGAGCCGGCCAAGCUUGGACAGGCCGAAAUGACUGAGUCGAAGCAGCAGGAUCCCGUUUCUGAGGAAACUAGGGCCAUGGAGGAUGUUGUCGCUGAUGGCGCCGCCAUCGAACCAUUCGCCGCAGAAACAAAAGCCGAAGGCUCCCCAGUACCAUUUGUGAACGGUGAACCAGCAAAAACUUGGUCGUCGAGCGUGGUCGGUCCUCUAGCUGGUACAGAAGCCGUGGCUGACGACAACGUUAUGCAGGACGACAGCUUUAGUCGUACCAAUAGCACUGAGAUGGAUAUCGUUCCAGAGGCUGUUAAGGAAGAGCCCAAGCCAGAGGAUGAGCUCCAGGAUACCAAAAUCGAGGCCGAGUCAGAGGUCAAAACCGAAUCUGAGGUCAAGUCUGAGAAUCUAAUCGAGAGCACUAGCGAUAGCAUGCCGGUGGAAGCUCAAGAGGGCAAAAUGGAUGAAAGAGCUGUCACGCCUGCGGUUGCGCCCAAGGCUUCUACUCCAGCGGCUCCAGCCGAAUCUGAAGAUUUUGUAUGGCUCAAGGAGGCUGUGGUCUUGCGCCGUAUGGACCAUCUGAUGGACAUUGUCAUUCACCCCAAGCCUGUCUCCAAGAAAAAGCGCCGCAACCACGCAGCCCAGUUGGCCCUAAACAAUUCGUUGAUGGCGAGCAAGAACAAGAAGAAGGGCGGUGAGGAUGAGGAUGAUAGCGAGUCGGACCGAAGUGAUCAUGAGCAUUACGAUGAGCGGCAUGAUAGCUCUGCGGCAAGCCCAUCGAUACCUGCCAGCCCAGCCAGCAAGAAGCGCAGUCGGACAUCAGCCAAGGAGAGUAAACCGAUGGUAACGAUCGAUGAUGAAGAUGACCGGUCCUCGGCCUCUGUGAAGAAAUCGGGGCUCAAGCUGACGAUCAAGCUAGGUAAGAUGCCAGGCAAGAAAGAGGGCAAACAGAAGAAAGAGCGGAGGCCGGCUGUGGAGGAAAAGCAUAGCCCAAGUCGACAUGGAGCCGAAAGCUCUAGCGGUAGCGAUACAGACGAGAUGAUGGCGCUAGCCAGCAAGCAAGUGGAAUAUUUGCAGCGCAAGAUCAUGGAGAAGAAAAAAUCCAAGGGCACGUCCUCUAAUUUUGGGCAAGAUAGUCGCGACAGCAGCGCAAUGGCAUCACCGCGCCAUCACUCCUCACCCAAGCACCAUCGCAAAUCGUCGUCUUCGUCUGCGAAGCGCCGUCGUCGUGAACGGUCCGUUUCGUCAUCUUCGGGCUCUGGGUCCUCGUCCUCCUCGUCUCGCUCCGGAUCCAGUUCAUCGUCCGGUUCCGGAUCGUUCAGCUCUGGCUCCUCAACCUCAGGAUCUAGCUCAGGAUCAGAUUCGGGCUCAAACACUGAUGCCCAUGCUCGCCGUCAUCGCCACCAGCGCGAGCGAAAAUUCAGGAAUCGUUCUUCUUCUAGAGACCGCAUGAAGAAGCGUGCACAUUCCCCGGACCAUCGUGAUCGAGAUCGCGGCUACGACAUGGAUAGGGACAAGUACCUUGGUGAUCGGCCAUCGUCAUCUUCGUCUUCGAAACCGCGCUACCACAACCACCGUUAUGAUGGAUCGAUGGAAGCACAUUACGGUGCACCAUCGGCUUCGGCAUCGCCAAUGUCGGUGGUAGCCAGGAACGUGACUGGAAUGAAGCUGUCGACGUCGAGCAACGGCAAGCGCAAGGUGUCAACACCGAGGUCUGAGGAGGGCAGCUAUGGCAGCGAGGGUGUCAGCAGUGGUGUCAGCAGUGGUGUCAGUGGAGGAUAUGCGGAUGACCAAGGGGUGGGAUAUAGUGGCUCGUACGGACACGAGGAUGCAGAUCAGGAUGAGGACGAGGACGCGUAUCGCAAACGGGCUAAGGCAUAGGAUGGCCCAAUAACUAACUACAACUACUACAAGAUAACAAGAUAGAACCUGCGUUUAUUUUUGUUUAAUAUUAUUAUCAGUACUUAAUAAUAUGAUAAGGUAGUCUUACAUGCGAGCAUGUUAGAGC